CAAGUGUAAGAGCGGAGCUAGGCUAUGGCGGAGGGAGAGGAGGUUUUAGGGCCGGGAGCUGGGAUGCUGUUCUUGGAUGAGGAAGGGGUGGGGCAGGCAUUCUUGCAGAGCUUCGGGAGCGACAGCCCCGGGCGGGAUCACGUCGUGGAGGAGGCGCACAAGCUAAUGCGGGGGAUCUUAGACUCCCGGCCCAAUCCCCCCGCGGCGCUUGUGAGCAAGCUAGCCGCGAUCCUCGAGCAGGAGGAGACGAGGUUCCAGCUCAAGCUUGGGGCGUCGGAAACUACACUCUCGCGAUCGUCUCACACUAUAGGGAGGCUUUUGGUCAUGAUCAAAGAAGAUGAGUAUUUCAUUGAUACAAUUUCGGGUAUUCUGCUAAGGGAGAAUGAUCCAUUGCCUCUCCGGGCUGCUGCCGCUAGACUACUACUUAUUUGCGUGUCUUGCUGGAUGUAUUCCUAUUCCUUCGAAGAUUUGCUACUCUCCUUGAUUAAGCAGCUUGUGACGGAAGAACUAGAUAGGCCAUGCGUGUUCACAAAUAAGAAGCCGAGUGAUGGCGAAAUAUUAAGGACUUUUGCUAUUGGGCUUUUUUCAUGUGCCCUCUCCGGCAGUCAGGAAGUUGCGGAAGAAAUUCUUGCCACUGGCCUUCCUGCGAAAUUCAUGCGUUACUUACGAGUAUGGACCUUUGGUGACUCGGUUAAACCUGACCAUGGCAACGGUGGUGUAGCUAACGGCCACAAAGAAGGUCGAAUACGGCCUCGGCAACAUGUCGAUGCUGCUACACUCGACAAACGAGUAACGAAUUUUGAAGGUGGCAGCGGUGAAAGUUCAGGGAGACAGAUUGUAGAAGAUAUGGUUGACGGUAUACCUGAGGAGAAACCUCGUAAGAAAGACUUUCCGGAAGGUAAAAUCAGAGGCAACCACGAUGAUGAGAGUUUAAGAGUGCCGGAGGUACGUGAUCGAGGUGGGGGGAAAAGUCGGGGGAAAACGAAGCUGUCCGACAGUGGUACAGAUGAGAAGCAUGUCAGAAAGGAGAAAGCUAGGACGCAGGUCAGCACGAAUGAAGAUGUGAAAAUAUACAUGGCUGGGAAGGUAGAUGUUUCGGUGUUUGCCAGGAGAGCGGUCUCUGCUGCGCAGGCAGAAGCUAAAGGGGCAAAUGCUUCCGACGAGGCGAUCAAGGCCGCCGGAGAUGCGGCUGCCGAACUUGUGAGGGCCGCAGCACUUGAGGUACUUGUUACAACUGAAGACGAAGCAUCUGUGUUGGCUGCUGCAGAGGCUGCAGCGGCAACAGUUGUAGAUGCGGCCGGGGUUGUCAGGUUGGAAUCUUCCUUGAAAGAGAGGGCCAAGCCAAAGGAGAUGGAGCCAAAAAUCCAGGAAGGUGAAAAGGAUGAAACAGAACAUAUUCGGGAUCCGAAAAGCUUGAACUUCUUGAAAGCGCAAUACUGCGUGCAAUGCUUGGAGAAGCUUGGAGAGUAUAUCGACAUACUGGGACCUAUACUGCAAGAGAGAGGUGUUGAAGUUUGCCUUGAGUUGCUGAGGAGAUAUGCCCGCCCUGGGGAAAGUGUUGAAGCGCUGGCCAUGGCUGCAGAUGUUUUAAGGCUGGUUUGUGCACUCGCUUCUCAUCGAAAGUUUGCCACACUAUUCGUUGAUUUGGGAGGUAUACAGCAGCUUCUCUCGAUUCCACGAGUUCCGCAACAUUAUACUGGUGUCUCUUUGUGCCUUUUCGCUAUUGCUUCUUUACAGGGUGUUAUGGAGAGAGUCUGUGCUUUGUCUCCGACAGUUAUACAUGACUUGGUGGCGCUAGCAUUUCAGCUGCUAGAAUGCCCCAAAGAUACGCCACGACGAAACGCUGCUCUAUUCUUUGGUUCAUCGUUCGUUUUUCGAGCUAUCAUCGAUGCUUUUGAAAGCCAAAACGGCCUCCGAACGUUUUUAAACCUUUUACGGGAUACGGUCGCUAUAAGAUCUGGUGGAAAUCUACGUAGCGAUCGUGGUUCUUCUGCGGAAGUGCUAACUUCCACUGACAAGCAAAUCACUUAUCACACUUGUGUUGCGCUGAGACAGUACUUCAGAGCUAGCUUUCUGCUCUGGGUGGACUCUUUGAAGCCUUGCAAGAGCCAUCGCGGAGCUUCUCGCAACUCAAAUCACAGUAGGGACUCCUACAAACCGAUUGACGUGAGCAAUGAAGCUACAGAGGCGGUCAUACAGCAACUGUGGCGUGAUAAAAAGCUCGCUGCUCAAUUUGUUAAAAUCAAAUGGCCCGCAUUGGAGAAGUUUAUCAGCCAGAAUGGACACAUAUAUCUACUCGAGCUAGCUCAGGCUGCGCCAGGGGAAAAAUACCUGCACGAAAGUGCUCUACAUGCUCUUGCGGUUUUGCAAAUCGUGACUCUAGUGCCAGGUUAUCGGAGAGUGGUGGUCGGUUCUGUCUUGAGCAAUGGACGUUCUGGAAUGUCAGUUCUUCUAGAUGCAGCUAGUGGAGCCGCUUUUGUAGACCAGCCAGAGGUUAUACAAACUGCUUUGUUAAUUCUGGUAAAUCUUGUAUGUCCGCCUCCUGCAUUUUCAAGUCGCUCCGCGCCUGGUGGUGCUAGUGCAACACCUGCGCCAGUUUCAGACACGAAAGAUAGGCAAAGAGGAGACGACAGAACUGAUAACGGAGCCGGGACAUCUCUCUCAUUGUCUUCACCUCUAGUUGGUGACACGAGGAUAUCGUUAGGACCAGGAUCUGGAGGGCCUGGACUAGCAGCAUCUAUGGAGCAAGGCUAUCGGUUUGCUCGUGAAGCAGUGCGAGCUAAUAACGGCAUCAAAGUUCUUUUGCACUUGCUGUAUCCGCGAACAGUUUUGCCACCCUCCGCUCACAUUCGUGCCCUUGCCUGUCGGGUGCUACUGGGACUGGCCCGGGACGAAGCCAUUGCUCAAAUCCUCACGAAGUUACAAGUUGGGAAACUUUUGUCAGAACUUCUGAGGGAUGGAUCACAAGCAAAUCGUGCAGGACAAGACAGAUGGCAAACUGAAUUAAGUCAGGCCGCCUUGGACUUGAUAGGGAUUGUGACAAAUGCAGGUCGAGCUAGCACUGUCGCAAGUGAGGCAGCGGCGCCUACAUUGCGACGAAUAGAGAGGGCUGCUAUUGCUGCGGCAACACCGAUAAAUUAUCACUCCAGGGAGCUUUUACAGCUUAUCCACGAGCAUCUUCUAGCUUCUGGGUUCACAAGCACAGCUUUAACGCUGCUCAAAGAAGCUCAACUGGCGCCUUUGAAUCCCUUGUUGCCAGCGGCAUCACUUCCAAGUUCAUCCACUGCCCAAGAAGUUCUCACUGAUCAAAAGGUGGAGAUGCAAUGGCCAAGCGGUCGGUUAAACGGUGGUACAUUUCUGGCCAACAAGCAGGGCAGCGAUGACGACAGACAAAAUUUUGAUUGUUCGAGGAGGCGGCUAGCCUUGACUCCUAGAAAAACAGGUGCUGGUAAAGAAGGGGUUACAUUAGAGGGACAGGACACACAUGCAACGGGGACUAGAUUGAAUACUACCGAGGACAGCACGUCAAGAACGCCGGUGCUGCCAAAGAGCUCACUCAAACGCAAGUUAAGCGAUAAGGAUGCAUCGCCAAACAAGAGGCCAUACCUCUCCACUAACGGCGCUGCUCCGGCAAUGCUUACUACUCCACAGGUGCGGUUUAAGACCACCGACAACACUUGUGAGACUCCCUUAACGACAACUCCAGCUCUUCAAGAUUUGGGAGCCAAGGCCUCGGAGAAGCUCGACGAUUUUCCAGAGCCCUCGAGCUUUACGACUCCGGCCGUCCACGGCUCGCAUCCAAAUCUACUCGUGGAGCACAACGCGAACGAGCGAGCAACGCUAGACAGCCUCGUGGUGCAGUACCUCAAGCACCAACACCGCCAGUGUCCGGCUCCAAUAACCACGUUGCCGCCGCUCUCGUUACUUCAUCCUCACGUCUGCCCGGAGGCCAGCAGAACUCUCUACGCCUCGUAUAACACUUCUACAAGGCUCGGCACGAGAGAGAUCAACCCACCUUACGGUGGCAUGCACGGGCGACGGCACAACAGGCACUUCAUCUACAGCAGGUUCCGGCUAGUCCGUGUGAGCCGAGACGAGGACGCAAGGAUACUUACGUGCGGAACGUUUGUGCUGGGCCAAACCGGAUGUUUUGCUGCCGGUUGUCACGGCGGAAACAUCGUGCUGUUUGAUGCAAACAACGGAACCACGCUCGAGAGACACGGCUGCCACUUGACCCCAGUAACAAGCCUACAAUCGGCCCCGCAUUCGAUAUCAGGUGACUCCGGCUCGGGACAGCUCCUCCUUUCGUCGUCAACCUCGGAUGUCAAGCUUUGGAACUCGGCAGGCUUGACACCAGGCCCGCUUCACACCUUUGACAACUGCAAGUCGGCUCGGUUUAAUCACGCUGGGACGAUGAUCGGUGUCACGAGAUCGGGGCAACACGCCAAGGAAGUGAUGCUCUAUGAUGUAAAUAACUACACAUUAUCGCACACACUCACGGACGCUUCAAUCACGACUCCAGUCCGCGGCCAGUUUCCGUCUCAGAUCCACUUCAGUCCUUCCGACAUCAUGGUUCUCUGGAAUGGUGUCCUGUGGGAUCACCGCAUCCCUGGAGCCGUCCACCGGUUCGAUCAGUUCACGGACUACUGCGGUGGUGGCUUCCAUCCGGCUGGAAACGAGGUUAUCAUCAACUCGGAAGUAUGGGACCUUCGAACUUUCAAGCUGCUGAGAAGCGUGCCGUCGCUGGACCAGACAGUUCUUACGUUCAACCCGCGAGGGGACGUGAUCUACGCGACUCUCCGGCGCAACACGGACGAGGUGGGUAUGGCCUUGAACUCGAAGCGAGCCCGGCACCCUCUCUUCUCGGCGUUCCGGACCAUCGACGCGGUGGACUACUCGGACAUCGCCACGACGCAGGUGGACCGCUGCGUGCUCGACUUGGCCACCGAGAACAGCGAGUCGGUGAUCGGGGUGGUGGCAAUGGAGCCCAACCAGGUGAUGGACUCGUACGUGAAGUUCUACGAGGUUGGAAGGAGGAGACCCACGGACGAUGAUUCCGACCCGGACGAUGGCAUGGACACGGACGAGGAGAACGAGAUGGAUGGAGACGAUGACGAGGAGGACGACGAUGACGACGAUGGCCCCCGGCUGCUCUCACCCGGAUCGUCGGAAGAUGGCGAGGAGGACGAGGAGCAACUGGAGCUGGAUCUGAGCGACGAGGAUGCUGAUAUCUCGGCCAAUGGGAUCUUCGAGUUUCUAUCCGAGCCGGACGACAAUGGCGAUCGCAGCUCGUAUGAUGAAGAGAGCGACGAUGGCGAUUUUGGCGAUCAAUCGCCCGAGUUCUCUUUGCUGGAUUUUUGAUCGCUAGAGUGGAGAGAUGUUUGUUAUCUCUUCUACAGGAACUGCUCUAACGGAUAAUGUGAAGAUCUCAAGUCCGUACGGGGGUGUACGGAAGGUCUA